CGAGUGUCUGGCUCUGGGCGGAGAUCCUUCAACUUCUUGUAUUCUGCUGUUGCACAAUUUACUUGUGUGUCAGGUGACUUUGAGAGCAGUACAUACGGAGCAUUUCGUAGUUUAGACUACCGAAAAGUUAGUUUUACCGUAGCGAUGAACAUUUGGCUCAUUUAGUAACGCUAAUCGACAGAAUUGGGAUUUGUCAAGAUAUCGUUUGUAAAUAAUACGCGUAUGUUACUCUGCUCAGAGUAGUUUCACUUUCAUCCGCUGUUUAAUCAAUGAAAUUCUGCGGAAGUGAGAGAAUAAUGUUGCCAGGCCUUAAUUAGGGAGCUCCAAACUCCCCCACAAUCAGGAAGCUUUUAAAGUGAUGGCUGUUGGGUCCUGUAGCACAGAGAUUCAACAGCGUCGCGUGGAGCUGGUGGAGAACUACAGCGAACACCUGACACGCCUUCUGGACAUACUGUUUAAUGUAGGAGCGGUGACCGAGGAGGACCUCAGUCUUAUUAGAGGUUCGGCUGUUCGAGGCGAGCGAGAAUGUAUGAGAGUUCUGCUGGAUGUGCUAAAUGGGAGAGGAGAAGAAUCAUGCAGGGCUUUCCUCUACGUACUACCAAGUGUUCAAGAUGAGACCAUCAAACUUGGACAGGCCAACAGGCAAGAGCAUCUCAAAAAACACAAGGAAAUCUUGGCUAGACAGCAUGGCAUGGUGGACUAUCUUAGCAUCAGAAGGCAGACUUUGGGACAAGAUGAGAUGGGAUGCUGGACUGAUAUCACCUUCUCAAGACAAGCUGGUUACGCAUCGUCUUCUCAAUGCCGACAUGAGUCAGCAGGAGUUGGGGACGCUUUCCGGACACGAGCGGAUGAGAUCUGCAUUUUCAAGGACGUAUAUGAGAAUCUGCUGAGCAACCCAUCAAAUGGUGUGAAUAUGCUAUCAGGAGUUGCUGGAAGUGGGAAAACCACGGUUGUGAGACGCCUGGUGCAAGAGUGGGCUGCAGAAACAAACUCGUCCAAGAUUGUCCUAUCUCUGUCCUUUCGUGAGCUAAAUCUCAUAACUCAAGAGCAGAGCCUGCAGGACCUGCUCUUGGAUCACUACAUCCACCUGAAACCUUUCCUGCCCGAGUUACUCAACUCAAACCCAACACAGUUUUUACUCAUCUUAGAUGGUCUGGAUGAGUUCUGUUACCCUCUUAAUUUCGAACACACUCCCAAGUGUUCAGAUCCUGAGCGGGUGCAGCCUAUACAGUCCAUUGUGGUCAACUUAAUCAAGGGAAAUCUCCUUCCAGGAGUGUCCAUUUUCCUUACAUCGCGACCUCAUGCGGUCACCAAAGUUCCUCCAAUUCUGGUCAGUCAGUUUUACAGUCUGCUCGGUUUCUCUGUAGCUCAACAGAAGCAGUACUUUGAGCAAAACUGCAGUUCUUCCGAGGCCGCCGAAGCAGUUUGGGCUUCAAUUUCAUCCCAUAAACCCCUUCUACUCAUGUGCCAUAUUCCUGCAUUCUGUUGGAUUGUGUCCACCGCCUUGCAUGAUGGCGGCUCCUGCCUUUACCCUGAUACUGUAAGUGCCAAUUCAGGAAAAAAAGGAGGCCUUGAGGAAGCCAACCAACCAAACUCUUUAUUAGGACCUUCUGAGGAGAACUCCAAACCAGUCACGAUCUCCGAAAUCUACUGCUGCUUUGUUAAAUCCAUCUUGCUAUUCCAUGUGCAAGGGCGUAGCGAGGGCACCCAUCACAACAGGCUUCAGCAGGCCCCUCACGUUCUUGGCGAAAUGCAGCCUAUACUCAAAAGCUUGGGAGCUAUGGCCUUCAAAGGCCUCCUGGAGAGACGGUUCAUCUUUGAAAGCUCUGAUUUGAACUCCUUUAAUCUGGAUAGCACCAAUCUCUCACAGGUUUUCCUCUCAGAGAUACUUAAAGAGGAUCGAGCAUCCCUCACCUUUGAAAAAGGCUUCCAUUUUAUCCACACCAGCGUGCAGGAGUUCCUCGCUGCUCUGUACUAUGUUCUCCAGUCACUCUCAGGAUCAGAUCCGUUUUCAGGCCUCAAACCAAGCACAGGCCGCUAUCUUCAGUAUGCAUUUAAACACAUGGCAUCAGCUUUAAAUAAAUUCAGCAGACCGCAGCGUCUUUUCUACAGACACAUUAAGAAAGCCCUGCGUUGUGGUGAACGACAUCAGUCUGGACACAUGGAUCUUUUCAGCAGGUUUGUAUGUGGCCUGCUGGUUCCCAGAACACGUCUCAUCCUAAAUGGAUUUUUUCCUGAUGGGCAGAAUAUGCAUCUGCUUCGUUGCCAGCCUUCUCCAGACCCGACUCCACCUUUUCUUCUCCAUCUCUUACACUCUCAACUCCAGAGCUCCACCCUCAGCCCAGAGAGGCAGGUCAAUGUUUGUCACUGUCUGUAUGAGGCCCAGGACCCCGGUUUGUCAGAGCGGCUGCAGAGUUGGAUGAAAGUUCUUUCGCAGCAGGCCACAGAUCGGUCUGGUUCGGUAAACAGGGACUGGAGCGAGCUGGCUUUCCUGUUACAGCUCAGUCCAGACCUUCAGGUUUUAAAUUUAGAUGCUCAAGGACUUGAUGGUGACGGACUACGCCGGCUCCUACCAGUCCUUCCACUUUUUUCAACGCUUAGCCUAGGUCAGAAUCCUCUUGGUUUAGAUGGAGCAUCUGUAUUAUCCCUUGUUCUGAGAAACCCAGAUUGUCGUAUUCAGAGGCUGUGGGUAGUUGCGACAGGACUUGGCUGUGAAGGCCUGAAGAUUCUUGUAGAAGCGCUGAAAGAAAACCGCACUGUGACUGAUCUCAGAAUGGCCAUCAAUAAAAUUGGAGACGUCGGAGCUGGUUAUCUUGCAGAAUUGUUGACAAUAAAUCGCACACUGACAGAUAUCAGGCUUCGUGACAACCUAGUGACAGACAAAGGAGCAGAAGUCCUCAUGGCUGCCUUGAAAGAGAACACUACAUUGGAGUAUCUGUGGUUGUUUGACAACAAGUUGACCAAAGAUGGCGUCAAGAAACUCAAGGAAUUUGCGAAGACCAGACCAAACUUUGACAUUAAAGCUUGCAUCUGACCCCCAACCAGCAAACCAGCAGAGCAGAAAAUGGUUCAUGCCAAACAUUUUCAUUUAUACAUUGUAUUCAUACGUUAUUUUACAUAUUGGUGCAUUACUUUUUGAUACAUUACUUUUAAUACGUAUCAGAUUAUUAGACAAAUUAAUAGUUCACCCAAAAGAAAACACCGUCCCACACCGUCGUUUUGAUUUUAUUAUAAUAAAAGUAAUUUAGUUCGGUGAGAGAACCGACAAUUAAAAUGUGAACAAGACAAUGUCGGAAGAGAUUAAAAACGAAAUGCAAAAGCACCUGUUAAAAUAUUUUUAUACCUAUUUAAACUUCGUGUAAGAUAUUUGUUAUUUUAUAUUAGGCAUAUAGCAUGGUCUAUUUUUAUAAAUCGCACGGUUCAUUUUUAAAACCGAAACUCAAAUGAACCCCCACCAGUGUGGUAGCAGUAUUACCGAUUAACCCACAAACCUGGUAAGGUUACUCAGAGAACUUUAGCAUUACAUAAUUUGCUCACCAACAAAUCCUCUGCAACGAAUGGGUGCCAUCAGCGGAUAAAUAUAUCGCAAUAAGCAGCAAGUAAUCAAAAAACUUAACUCUAUCAAUUAACGCUUUCUGAAGCAAAAAGCAGCAUGCUUUUAAUCGAAUCUAUCAUUAAGGUGUGUUUCACUAUAAACGGCUAUUCCUUUAACGAUUCAGGCAACUACUGCCCUCUGCUGGACGUUUAAGGAGCUGGUUUUUGUAGGCUUUAUAUAUACGGUAGGCUGCAAUAUUUCUAGUUGUUGAGUUUUUUCUUUAUAAAAACACUGAAUUGCAUUUAUUUAUUUUGUGCAAUAAUUUUUUUACAGCUUUUAUCUAACACCCACACAAUCAGAUCUGACUUAAGCUUAUAGAUGUAUGAUCAAUUUUGAGGGACCUAAAUGACUUCUCAACACACAUCUGUUUUUCUUGCACGUCUUUAUAAAUGAUCGUCUUCCUUCUCGAUUCUGCUACAGUGUUUCAGACCAGUUCGACAAUGUCUAUGCACCAGUUAUUGCCCAUUUUGUGGGUGCUUUUUACAUGCAGAGCUCAGGGCUCCUCUUAGAUGCUUCAUAAACGGAAGUAAAAAUGUAAGUGUAAAAUACACAAAGCCAGAGUAUUCUUUGGUCAUGCAUUUAUUUUAACGAUACCAUGUGAAACCGCACUUUUUUUUAUCUUACAUAAUGGUGAAGAUAUCUAAAACCUACCUAGAUAGAUAGAUAGAUAGAUAGAUAGAUAGAUAGAUAGAUAGAUAGAUAGAACGAGCUUGACUACAUUGUGUGGAAAAACUUCUGAGCAUGGUUUUCAUUAAUUACUAUGCUAUCCAUGUCACAUAAUUUCUACAAUUGUUUUCUUUCUGAAAGUUGCAUAAUAUACAUAAUAUAGGUUUAUGCAUUGUUUGUAUCACUGUAACAUCUUGAAAUGUGAAUUGUUAUAACAAGUAUAAUUGCCUACCAAUGCUUACAAUGCAAAAUGCAAAGUGCUGUUAUGCAAUCAUUAAAACAAGAUGUACAAAUAGAUGUCCAAUAAACAUUAUAUGGAUUCUCCA